UUUAGGCGUCGGUCAGACACAUGCUGUGGUAGGACUCCACUAGGGGGUUCUAGUGCAGUCAAUGUUUGCCAAAUUCAUGAACGGGUCAGACGCCGAUGAGGAGAGAGUUGACGAUGCUAGACUAACACGUGCAAGGUCACGUAGGAUCCCGCACGUGUUCCAGGCCCUACAACCGGAAGACGAAAGACGCAUUCGUGCCGAACGCAGAGCCCAUGCUCUCGCAGCAUCGAGAGAGGCAGCAAACGUUGCAGUUAGGGAACAGGCUGCAGCAACAGCCAGGGCAACAACCAUGUCUUCUGCAGCAACAUCCUCCACUGCAUCUUCUGUUGUCUCCUCGUCUGGACCCCAAUUGGGAAUGCCAAUAGGGUCCGAGAGCACUUCCAGUUCAGUAGGAUCACGACAGUCUACAAGUCAAAUGGCGGGCUCGCAGUUCAGCCCGUUGACUCCUCGCGAAAUGGAGCUCAGGGAGCUCCAACAGGUCGAAAGGAUCCGUGAAAGAUUAGAGAGGGAACUGAAACAAGCUACUGACAGAGAAAGAGAAAUCAAAAAUAGAACAGCCAGGCUUGAUACAUUAGAGGCUGACAAAGCUGAGUUAGAGGGCUUGGAUGACUCUGGAAUGAAUGAGCCCAUGAAAGUGUUGAGGAACAACACGUUGUCGCUGCAUGCGCACGUGGACAGCAGGUUGGACUUCAUCCAAAACACUUUGGACCAGAUCCUGGACGUUCUAACUAGGCCAGGAUUUAGGCCACCAGCACAAUCGCCAUUGCCGUUAUGGGCGAUGUCAGGCCCCUUUCCAGUUCAAGCUGGUACACAACCAAGUGGUACGUCUGCAGCAGUCGCACAGACUGUUGCAUCUUCUUCUUCGGGUCCAGCRGUGGGAGCUACACCACCGCAACAACCUGUUCAGCAAUCUGGACAGCCGCAGGGUCAAUGGUAUCCUAAGACCCCAAUGAAACCGCCUCUUGCCUUCUCAGGCGAGAGAAAGGACGAAGAGCUCAACACAUGGUUGAGGACUGUCCUGGUUUGGGUGAAGGCAAAGAGGACCUCGCCUGAGGAUGAAGUGGUAACUGCUGCAUCUUACCUCGAGGGUAAGGCAGCCAAAUGGCUAGAUGGUGUAGUUGUGAAAGCAGGGUACGGGCGACGCAUGGCGGACUGGGCUAAGUCAUUAAAGUUAGACCAGUUCAUGGAAAUGGUAGAAGCUCGAUGGCAUAAUCCACAGGAGGCACAAAGAGCCACUGAUGCGAUUAACAAACUGGACCAACGAAAGUUCAAGUCGGUCAGAGAGCUUACGACUACCGUUGAGAGCCUGAUCCUCGUCCCUGGCAUCAACUAUAGUGACCAGUUCCUGUUAACAACCUUUGUUGGAUGUCUUCCUGAGAACAUCAGGAACUUGCUGGCCAGCGAGGCACGCCUCGAGUACCAUUCAUUUGAGACAUUGUCUAGGAAAGCCUUAGAUUUGGAGGCCACACUAGGCAAUGCUCAACCCACUCAGAAUGACACGAAGAAGAAGAAGAGUCCUCAGGAGUGGAAGAAGAAGGGGGCUAAGUUGAUGAUGGUGGAGUCCGAUGGGACUCAAACUGAGAUCGACGAGCUCACUGACCUGAUGGACUAUACAGAGUUUGACGGCGAGGAGGUAGCUGAGGGUAGCACCCUCGCCGCGGUAGUCAAGACUAAGGCAGGUGGCCGAGGGAAGGGCCAACCAAGGAGUCAAGGGAAGGCCGCCUCCAAUCAGACCAAGCAGGCUGAUUGGGUGAAGGCAGGUCUUGAUCAAGACGUGUGGCGUGACCGCCGAGUGUGUGGUGCUUGUAUCAACUGCGGGGAAUACGGUCACUCGCAGUACAAGUGCCAGAAUGCAAAGGACCGGGUACGACACCUCAGUAGACCUGUAGCAUCUACUUCGGCCAACAAGGAGCGCAUGAUUGUAACAGACUAUAUCAAGGACGUAGUCUGUACCUUCUCCUAUGGAGGAGGCGAACUUAAUCAUAAGAUUUCGUUCUUGGUUAGCGACGACUUACCAUUCGACAUGUUGUUAGGCAUGUACUGCCUCGAAGUUGCUAAGCGCCAGUUUGAUUGGGAUAAGAAGGUGCUCAAGCAUAAGUUGCCCGAUGGCCGAACUGUCAGAUUAACCAAGUUCAAGGCCAGUAGCAUUAUAGAUACCUAUGGCUGCUUGUGCGCAUCAGCGUUCUACAAUUACUAUAAGCAAAACCAAGAGGAGGGUAUGUACCUUGUGUAUGUCUCUGAGAAAGGGGAGGCCGUUAAAACACCCCCAAAGAUAGAACGCGUCGUUGCUAAGUUCCCUGAUCUGUUCGAGGAGCCCACAGGAGUUGUUGAAAGGGAAGUUGUCCACGCCAUAGAAAUCAUUCCAGGGAGGAAGACCCCAAAGGGAAGGAUGUAUAGGAUGGCUCCCGCCGAGUUAGAUGAACUUCGGCGACAACUUAAGGAGCUGACAGAGAAGGUAUGGAUUCGGCCUAGUACUUCCCCUUACGGAUCACCCGUUCUAUUCGUACCGAAGAAGGGGGGUACUUUGAGGAUGUGCAUUGACUAUAGAGGCCUCAAUGCCAUCACAGUGAAGAACGCAGAGCCUCUACCUCGCAUAGACGACCUAUCGGAUAGGGCGCAGGGAUGCAAGUACUAUAGUAAGAUAGACUUGAAAUCCGGAUAUCAUCAGAUCGCAAUAAGACCUGAGGACCAACACAAGACAACCUUUCAGACCAGAUACGGUCUGUAUGAGUUUGUAGUGAUGCCCUUUGGUCUUUGCAAUGCGCCGGGUACAUUCCAGCACGCUAUGAAUCGGAUCUUUCAUGACCAUUUAGAUAAGUUUGUCAUGGUGUACCUUGACGACAUUCAGACCUUCAGCAAGUCUACCCAGGAGCAUGCAAAGCACGUUGAGACGGUACUCUCACCCCUGCGACAGCACAAGUAUAAGGUCAACUUAGAGAAAUAGGGUGCUUUCAAGAGAUUGAAGCAUGCACUCAUGAAUCAUGAGGUUCUCAUGGUUCCCGAUCCUCAGAAGCCAUUCAUAGUGACCACUGACGCAAGCCAAUACGGCAUUGGCGCAGUGCUGCCUCAACAGGAUGGGAAAAAGUUGAGACCCAUUGAGUAUAUGAGCAAGAAGAUGCCAUUAAAGAAGUUGGCAAAGUCCACCUAUAAAAGGGAACUCUAUGCUCUAUACAAAGCACUUGUCCAUUGGAGACAUUUCCUAUUGGGAAGGUUCUUCUACUUGAGGACUGAUCAUCAAACCCUCAAAUGGAUCAAGACUCAACCGGCUCUUUCCGACGCACUCAAGCAAUGGAUUGAGGUCAUAGACCAAUAUGAUUUCAAGCCUGAGUAUCUGAAGGGAGAGUAUAACAAGGUUGCUGAUGCGCUAUCACGUAGAGCCGACUACCUAGGUGCGCUAGUUUCUGACUUUGGCGUAUCUGAAGAAGUAACUCAAUCAUUCGUGGGAGCCUAUCAGGAAGACCCUGUCACGAUGGACAUCAUGCGCAAACUUCAGGCAAAAAACAAGGCCACGGAAAGUGAGUUUAUGAUGGUGGACGGGUUACUCUAUCUUGAUAAGGCCGGAAUAAAGAGAUUAGUAGUUCCAUCUAGUGAGCGAUUGCGUAGUUUGUUUUUAGGCGAAUGUCAUGACGCAACUGGGCACUUUGGCUACAAGAAGACGAGUGCUAACCUAGUACAACGAUUUUGGUGGCCAGGAAUGUUCGAUGACACAAAGAAGUACGUAGAGACCUGUCAGGUCUGUCAACGGGACAAGCCGCGAACUCAAGCACCGCUUGGGUUGUUGAAGCCUUUGCCUAUUCCUGCCGAUCCAGGACAGAGUGUUUCCAUGGAUUUCAUGGACACCGUGGUGACUAGUAAGAGUGGCAAGAGGCACAUCUUCGUCAUCAUCGAUCGAUUCACCAAGUACGCUAGACUAGUGGCUAUGCCAGAGACCGCAAGAACUGACUAUGUCAUCAAGUUGUUCAAAGACAACUGGGUGCGUGACUUUGGUUUACCGAAGUCAAUCGUUAGUGACCGAUGUCGGUGCGAAUACCCUUACAAGGGUAUCCGCCCUGGUUUUUGCAAGUGACAGAAAAUAGUUUUGGUCUAGAGUCUAAGUAUACCGCGCUAAGCGCGGCUGCAUCAGUAAUUGCUUUGACUGGG